UUCGCCGUAAUGCAGUUUCCGUUCAUUGUGAUAAGAUAAAACGAGUACUCGACCAGAUAUUCAUUACAUUCGCGACUCGAGUAUCACGAAGAGGAGGGAAUCGGCGUUCAGUGAAAGGUCGAAUGGUGAGAAUCGCAAAAUGUGAACGCACCCAUUGACGUAACGGUAAGCUCUCCCGCGUGGCCUACAUCGGAUGUAUCUCGGAACACACGGAGAGUGCGUGCCCUGCGUGCCUGCGUGCUUUUGCGCGUCCCUCCUGCAUUAUUAUGAUGCAUCAGAGCGGUAUCAGGCGUAACCUCACGACUUGUGGAAGUUUUAUUAUUUUUCACGCAUCGCGAAUAUCUGUUGGAGCCGAGUAGAGCCGACCGAGCCGGAUCAGCACGACACAUCUUGCAAUGAAGUUUACCGAGGGUGAACAGGUUCUUGCUAAAUAUCCAAAUACUUCUGAAUAUUAUAAAGGAAGGAUUCUCAAUAUUAGAGGCGAUCGAUACAAGAUACAAUUUGAAACAGGCACCGAACAUACAGUUAGAGAAAAUGACAUAAAGUAUGACAGAGGGAGAAGCACAAGCAGAACAAGCAGGAAAAAUCCUUCAAGAUAUUCACCAAGCAGAAAAUCACCAAGUAGACGAUCACCAGCGAGACAAUCACGUAGAUCGCCUGGGAGAUCGCCUGGGAGAUCGCCUGGGAGAUCACCUGGGAGAUCACCUGGGACAUCGCCAACAAUUACAUCUAGGAAGUUGCCUAUUCGUAACACGCGUUUUGCUAAGAUCUCUUUGUCACGUAUAGAUGCCGAAAGUGGUGAUAAAGUAAGCAAUCACAAAGAAGGAAGCAAUGUAAAAGCAUUAGAAGAGAGUCCUGAAUCAAUGCCUUUGCAACUACGCUUGGAGAAAGGAAUAAUGUAUAGGCCAUUUCUAAAAACUGAACAAGAAUAUAAGGCAAUUUUAUCAAUGAGAAAUAUCGAUAGAGCUGUUUCACUUCCGUUAGAAAGGAAAAGUUAUAUACACGAUUAUCCUUCAGGAGAAAAAGAAAGAGGAUAUUCGAUGCAAAGAGAUCAAGAUUUAAAGCCCUUGUUAUCACAAGAGGCUGAAAAAUGGGAAGAAACAGUGAAACGUGAGAAGGAAAUUAAUAGAGUUGGUAAACCACAAGAAUGGGGUGGAUGGAUUGGGACAUCUUUUCUUAUAUUUAUCUUACCAGUGUCUAUAAUCUUACCACAACUCUUGUGUUCGAAAGGACAAUGCAAGUUUGCUUGUAUAAAGCUUCCUAUUAAUUUGGAAUCUUACAUAAAUUUACAUGGAUUGUUAUCUUAUGUUGCAUUCUUAAUAUUAUUGGCUUGUAUUUCAAUUAUACCAAUCGGAAAAACUGUAAAUGGACAGGAAAGCAAAAUUGAGAGACUUCAAUAUCGUAUAAAUGGCUUUUUAAGCGCAGUUUUGACCAUAACGAUAUUCGGUUUAUGCACGUAUAAAAAUAUUUUGAUCAGUGAUUAUAUCUUAAAUAAUAUUGUGCAGUUGUCAGUCAGUGGCUGGCUUGUGGGAACAUUUUUAGCAUUGAUAUUGUAUAUGAAAGCAGAAAAAGCUCCGGUAGCCAAUCUAAAUAUAUAUGCAUCAACUAAGAGCAAGAUAUAUAACUUUUGGCAAGGUAGAGAGAUUAAUCCACGAAUUGGUGCUUUGGACAUUAAAUUAUUGUUAAUACGAGCUUCUCUUAUUGGCACGUUGAUCGUGAAUAUGGCUGUCAUAAUUAAAACUAUUGGCGAUAUAAAUAGUCUAAAUAUUGAGCAACUUAAUGUAACUGCAUUGUUAGUUAUCUUAUUGCAGCAAUUCUAUAUUGUAGAUGGUUUAAUAUUUGAAGCUACUAUUUUUACAUCUUUUGCAAUAAUGUAUGAGGGAACUGGAUAUAUGACGUGCGUCAGUCACUUAUUAUAUCCAUUUUUGACAACUCUUACAACAAGAUUUAUAUUAUAUCAAAAAAUAAAAUUUAACUAUUUUGCUGGGAUGUUCGUUUUAAGUUUUAUAAUGGGAUAUGUCUUAUAUAGAACUAGUAAUUCGCGAAAAAAUGAAUUCAGAAAGAAUCCCAUUUCCCCAACAGUACCUUAUCUAGAAACCAUCCCAACGUCGCGUGGGAAAAAGUUGAUGUUAUCUGGCUUAUGGGGUCAUGUGAGGCAUCCAAAUUAUUUGGGUGAUAUUAUAAUGCAAUGGUCAAUCGCGAUUAUUAGUUUGAGGAGUGACAUAUUACUGUAUUAUUCGGCGAUCUGUUGCACAUUAACGCUGGCUUAUAGAGCUGUAAGAGACAAUAGACGUUGUCAGACGCGAUAUGGAUAUGCAUGGGAGCAAUAUUGUUCUCGCGUGAAGUAUAUGAUCUUGAAGCAUAUUUUUUAAGACAACAAAGCACAAGUAGCAAAGUAUUUUUUAAAUACCACAAAUUCUAUAUUAGUUUUAUUUUUAAAAAAGUACAUUAUACACAUUAUAAUAAGAUCUCUAAUCGUGCAUUUUUAAAUAUUUUUAUGAGAUAUAGUGAUAUAAUAGAGAGAGUAUUAUAAGAUACAUAAAUGUAGAAUUCGAUAAGAACCAAAAAUAUUUUGAGAUUUAUUAUAAUAUGGGACAGAUUUUUUUCACAUUAGCGAUAUUUAACUUAUAAAAUGAAUCUCUAUAUAUGUGAUGACGCGGGAUAGAAGAGCAAAUGAACGAUGCAUAUUUUUAAUGAAGGGAAAGAA